AAAUACAUAGUCUGUGGUAAAUUGUUCUUUCUUUUCGUUUCGCAUCAGCCAUCAGCUGCGAAGAAGUUACUCCCUUUUGUAAUAAUUAGUCUACAUUAAAAUGGCUGAUAAUAAAUUGUAUGAAAUAUUAGGUGUUUCAAGAACAGCGAGCGAAUCAGAAAUAAAAAGAAAUUACCACAAACUUGCAAAAGAGUAUCAUCCUGAUAAAAAUCCGGCAGCUGGUGAUAGAUUUAAAGAAAUAAGCUAUGCCUAUGAAGUUUUAUCUGAUCCGAAAAAACGACAAACUUAUGACAAAUUCGGAUUGAAAGGAUUACAAGAGGGUGGGCUAGGUGGAGGCUUUCCGCCUGAAGAUUUCUUGGGUCACUUUUUUAGUGACAUAUUUGGUAUGGGCGGCGGUGGCAGAGGGAGAGGUCGGGCUCGCGGGGAAGAUACUAUACAUCCAUUGAAAGUAUCUUUGGAAGAUAUGUACGUUGGUAAAACGGCUAAGUUACAAUUAAGUAAAAAUGUUAUCUGUGGCCCAUGCAAAGGAGUAGGUGGUAAGCCAGGAUCAGUUGUAUGCUGUCGCGAUUGUCAUGGUCAAGGUAUUAAAGUUUCUUACCAGCAGAUUGGACCAAGUAUGACCCGCCAGUUUCAGACCCGGUGUCCUACUUGUCAAGGACAAGGUGAAACAAUAAACGAUAAAGAUAAGUGCUCCAAAUGUAAGGGAAAAAAAGUACUAAACGAGAUCAAAAUACUUGAAGUACAUGUUGAGAAAGGAAUGAAAGAAAAUCAAAAGAUAUUCUUUAGAGGAGAGGGGGAUCAACAACCUGACACUCAACCAGGUGAUGUUAUCAUAGUAUUGCAGCAAAAAUCCCAUGAUGUGUUCAAAAGAACUGGUGAUGAUUUAUUGAUGGAACGUGAAAUUAGCUUGACAGAAGCAUUGUGUGGCUUUGAAUUUGUUGUGAAACAUUUAGAUGGACGAGACCUUCUUGUGAGACAUUUGCCUGGAGAAGUAAUUAAACCAGGUGAUUUGAAAGGAAUACAGGGAGAGGGAAUGCCUCAAUACAAAAACCCAUUUGAAAAGGGAAAUCUGUACAUUAAGUUCGAUGUUACUUUUCCUGAAAAUAACUUUGCUUUGGAGGAACAACUCCAAAACCUUGAGAGUAUAUUGCCCCCCAGACCAGCCUUCGUUAUGCCAACAGGUGAAGAUGUUGAGGAAGUCAAUAUGAUGGAGUACACAGCCAGUGAGAGGAGUCGUGGCCGUGAAGAGGCAUAUGCUAGUGAUGACGAAGAAAACAUGCAUACAGGGCCUGGAGUACAAUGUGCUCACCAGUAGCUUAAUUAAUAAAUCCGAAGUUAUGGAUUUGUACUCAGACCUCACAUUAUGAAAUUCAUUUAAACCCUUUAGGUAGUUAAUAUUUACAAUACCAUGUGACAUUAAAAUUCGCAGCAUGCUAGACAUUUAAUUGAAUAUAUGUGUAACUUGUAAGCUCCGAUAAGUCCAGAAUAUAAACUUAAGAUUCUCACAUCAUUGCAAUAAACCGCCUUAUUUAUGUAUAAUAAAAAAUUUUUUUACAUUAAUGUUGAGGAAAUGGUAAAAUUGUUAGUAAUGGUUUCAUUCAAUGUGAUUCAUUCCAUACCACAGGUGCAUGUAUCUGAUUUGGUUAAUAUUUAUCAUUUUAAAAUAAAUUGUUUUAUUUGCUAAUAAAGAAAUUUUAUUGUAUUUAAGAAAGCACAUGUUUAUAAGUCAAAGAAUUCAUAACCAGUAAACAAAAUAUAAUUCAUUGCAAUGUUAAAAAUGUCAUUGCUAAUAAAAUAUAACAUGAUAAUUAUAGCAAAAACUGUCAACUUUAGAGACUGUUGAAAUGUGUUAAAAAUCUCCCAAGUUAUAGAACUUGUUUGAAAAGGUAAUUUUCAGAUGAUAAUAAAAGGUAACAUAUUCUGUAGUAUGCACUUAGACAAGUAAUCAAUAAAAAUAAAAAAGAAUCGGAAUGAAAACAGUCUUUGACAUUCUGUCUUGUGUUUAUGUUUCACAUCGUGUAGGAAAGUAAGAAAAUAAAUGUAUUACAAUACACCAAAAAAAAAACUCUAUACUAGCACAUAUAGUUUGUAUUUUGACUUUGUACAUAUUUAUAAUAGUAAUUGUAAUAUAGAUUAGAUGAAACUUAUAAUAAAACAACCAAAAAAUAAGUCAUCUAUCUAGUUCAAAAUGUUAGAAACCUUUUCAUUAAAAAAUAAACAGUAAAUAGCUGUUAUGAAUUAGUAACUUCUGAAUGUGCAGUAAUUCAGUUAUUUAGUUUUGCAUAUCAUUUAAAUACUCUUUAAUAUUUCAAACUAUUUAUUUUGACUAUUUAUAUUUUGAUAUUUUUGAUUGAUUUUGCUUUAAAAUUAUUAGUUUAUAUUAUUUGAAAAUUUAUAAUUAAUCGUUAAUCUAAACUCACAUUAAUUAUCUAACAACCCACAGAGCAGUAUGCUCAUAAUCUACGUAUCCAUAUUAGACCUUGGCGUAGCAGUACGACAUUUACAAGCUACUUUACUUUCUUCUCUUUUAUUGCUUAUUAGCCAUAAACAAAAAAUGAGAACCUUAAUUUAUCUAAUACAUCCUGUAUUGAAGGCGUUAAAUCUAGAUCAUUAUUCAAUGUUAAUGAGCUAGGCAGGGAGUAUUAAAAAUGGUCAUUAAAAUCGAAUCAAUGAUAAGACGGAUCACAUGUUAUAAAUAAAUACAUACUUGUAGAUUUUAGACGACAAGCUGGCAUCAGUUCAAUCAGUUACCUUGGAUAAAGAUUUAUCCAUAAACGUCAUUACUAAAGAUUAACAACAAUUUUUCAACGACCGAGACAGAAAUUUGGGAAUUAGUAGACAAACCUAUUUUAUUUAAGUAAACCCUUUCUAACGGUUGUAGAUAAUCGAGGUUGAUGUAGUCGCAUUUAUUAUUGUUACUAUAUCAUUUAACAUUUGCAAAUAGUAAAAGCUAUAUAAUUUAAUUUGGAGAAGAAAUGGCUGUUUAAAUUUGGUUAAAUUAAGUUUGGUGCUAAAUAUUAUGAAUUAUUAAAAUUGUAAAGGUCAUUAUUUGGAAGAGAAAAUAAAAAAAUUAAACAAAAUAAAA